AUGAUUAUUUUCAAUGCUGCGCUACUGCAAGGAUUCAGGCAUCCUGUGUGGCUGACAUUCUGGCAUAUGUCUGCAAGCACAAUUCUGAUACUCUUGCUGAAGCUGGCGCGGCCGGAUCUGGUCGCCACAGGCGAUGAGAAGGAGGGCCGGCCACCCCUGGCGAUGAUCGAGGCCCUGAAGCUCGGCUUCCCGGUGGCCGCGGCCCAGUGUGUGGGCUUAAUUGCUGGAAACACGGCAGUAAUGUAUCUCUCUGUCUCGUUUUGCCAGAUGAUCAAAGCCUGGACUCCAGCGAUGGUGUACGCAGUCGGAUGUUUAGUCGGAACCCAGAAGUUCUCUAUUCCGGUGGCCAAGACCAUUCUGACCAUCACGGCAGGACUGAUGAUCACAAGUGUUGGCGAGAUCAAGUUCGAUUGGUACGGCUUUCUGAUGCAAGUUACCGCACUUUUCUCGGAGGGCCUUCGAAUAAAUCUGCUUGAGAUUCUUCUGAAAUCGGCCGGCUACAAGCUCAACCCGCUGAGUUCCAUCUUGAUCUUCGCACCGAUCGCCUCGGCGAUUCUGUUGGUUAUCGGCGUUGUGACAGACUUGGACGGAAUCUCCUUUGAGGUGAUGCACAAGCUGGGAGAGCUGGUCCUUGUGGCAAACGCUCUCGUCGCUUUUUUCCUCAAUAUCGCGAUUUACAUCGCCAUUCAGCUGGCCUCCGGUUUGAUCUAUGCACUUGCCGGGGUCGUGAAGGACAUCUCCAUCAUCAUGGGCUCUGUCAUCGUUAUGGGAAGCAACGUAAAUGUUCUGCAAGUGGUCGGCUAUUCAAUUGCGAUCACGGGCAUCCAAUGCUACGGCGUCGUUAGCAAAGCACCAGCCAAUUUCGAAGCGUCUGGAAUCGCGUACGGCGUCUUCCGGCACUUCCAGGACAACUUAGCACCGUCCACCGCCGCCUCGCCAGCGAAAGAUCUCGAUGGCCAAAGAAUAGGGGCGACGAACGAGGACGAUGAAGAAAUGCAGAACCUUAAGACGGAGCCAUCGCCUGGAUAUCUAGAGGCUGGCUGCAUUAGGGCCACCACGCUGAUUCUCAAAAUCCGUGAACUCAUCGCUUUGCACGCAUCCAAGCACCUGAUGGCAAAGCCUCGAGGUAGCCGAAGCUUGCGGCAAAAGGCCAUUUGUGUGAAGCAACCUCUAAUCCGGAGGUACACACUCGAGGCAAUACUGCUUUUCGAGGAGCUCUUGGCUGGAUCAGGCCCGGUCGCUGACUCCACCUCCUUGGGAUCCGUUCUUUCCGCUUGUGAGAGAGUGGGGCUUUGGCAGGCGGCUUGGUCGCUCCUCGGCCGCUUCCGCGACCAGGGCUUGGAACCACAAAGCGGCGCCCUGCGGGCCGCGAUGUCGGCGCUGCGGUCCGGUGGACGUUGGCAAGAAGCGCUACUGCUCCUCGGCGAGCUUGACGACUCAUCUUCUGCGGACGUUGUCGCCUUUAGUGCGGCCAUGGCUGUGUUGGAGACGGCAGGCUGCUGGCAGCAAGCGUUUGGCCUGCUCGCUGAAAUGCGAGGCCGGGUUGUGGCACCCGACUCGUAUACGUACUCGGCGUUGCUUGGCAGCUGCAGAGCUUGGGCAAGCGACAACGAGGCGGCGGCACUCAAUGCAGCGCGGGCCUUGCUGGCAGAUGCACGGGACCGCCGCGAGGCAAACGAGGUUGUGAUUGGCGCGAUGCUACGGAUCCUUGAGUUUGCGGUGCUGUGGGCUGAAGCUCUGGAUCUGCUUCACAAGGCACCAUCGAGACAGGCUGCAGGACGAGGGCCGAAUCUCAUCAACUAUGCAUCCGCCGCAAGCGCGUGUGCAAAGGGCCACAAGUGGGAGUGCUGCUUGGAUUUGCUGCGGGAGCUUGAAGAGGCCGGCACCAGUCCGGACAUUGUCCUUCUCAGUGCUGUGAUCUCCGCUUGUGCGGUGAACGUAGUUUUGAGUGGCAGCGAGCGUUGGCAGUCCUGGUGCCAGUCCGCCACCCAGACUGUCGAUCCCGACUUGGCCGCAAAGCUGGAGGCCGCAAAGGCGCGGGUGGCGCAAGCCAAAGAGGCGGUGAGCCUUUUCAGGACAGAGCUUUGUGGGCGCAGUUUUCUCUCGCCGGAGAUUAACCAACCACUGCUUACAGAGAUCUUUCUUUCCUUCGUCCGCAAGAGCGCCGCAGCCAUGCGGGAGCCGAUACUGGACAAGGCACUGGCAGGAAUUAUUCCCGACAUUGGCAGUGAUGUCGAGGCCUUGGCGGCUUUGGUUGGCGCCAUGGCUGCAGCAAGGCUGCCUCAUGAUCCAGCUUGGCAACUGAUGGCAGACGCGGUGGCACAGGAGUGCCGCGGUGCCUCAGCGAGGCAGCUGACGGCUUUUGCCUGGGCCUUCGCGACGGCACGCGAGCCCAGGCAGGAUUUGUGGGAUUCCUUGAAGGCAGCGAUGGCAGGUAAACUCGGACAACUUUCUGCAGAUGAGCGAGUGACAUUCGCUUGGUCAUGUGCAGAAGUGAACCAGCACGCGCGAGACCUAUUUGGAGAUGUCAGCGAGUUCGCAGCUCCGGAAGCGUCCGCAAAGAUGCUAGAGGCAGUUCACGCCCUGCCUGGCCAGAUAUUGCUUGCCGACCCUGUGCCCAUCCGUCUGGUACCAGACGUGCUCGUCGAGGAGCAUGGACAGGAACUGAUUCGCAUUGCCGAUGAUGCUCAGCUUUGGUCCCAGUCGAGUCGUCGUGCUGCCCGAGAUGCUCGUGGGGAGGAUGCUCUCCGGACUUCCUCUUCGGCGGUCCUCAGCUUGCCGAGCAUGUUUGGAAAUCCGGCUGUGCGGGCGGUGCGUAUCUGGGCCUCAAAGGCGCUGCAAGUGCCAGAGGACUUCGUGGAGGCACUGCAGUUGGUGCGAUACCGGAAGGGCGAGCAGUACAGCACCCAUGUGGACUGGGGUCGUCAGCAGGAUGCCUCGUUGUGGCUGGGCGGUCAGCGAACAGCAACGGCACUGAUCUACCUCAACAACUUGCCAGAUGGCUGCGGUGGCGAGACCUCCUUCGACAGGCUCGGAGUCUCCGUGCGGCCGCAGGCGGGCGCUGCUCUGGUCUGGCCGAACGUGGAUGCGGAGGGCCGGCCGCAGGACCUGGUCGAACAUCGAGCCCUGCCUCUUCUGUGCGAUGUCCCCAAAUAUGCGGUCAAUGUGUGGAUUCGCGAGAAGAUCAGCUCAACUAUGCUUGCGUGCAACAAGGCUGGCAAGUGGGAUCUCUCGCUGAAUCUUCUUCGUGAAGCCUGCGAUGCGUGCACGUCUGAAGACUGGCUCCCCGAAGAGACCGUUUCAGUCGUCGGCGCCGGCCUGGGCGCCUGCGCCGAAAGCGGCGCCUGGCAGCAAGCCCUGCUAUUGCUCCAGAAGGUGAACCAAGCUGUCGCAGCACCUGAGAGCGCCAAGGCCUUGUCUCCAUGGGUCCGCGAGGCCAGAAGUACAGCCAUGCUUGCUGCCAUCCGAGCCGCAGCUUGGAAACCAUGCCUGGCAUUGCUGGACUUGCAAGGUGCACCUAGCGAGCAGCUGGCUGCUCUGGGCUGCGCUGUGCGUGCAUGCGGCCUUGGCAGGAAUUGGCAGGGAGCACUCGAACUGUCUGCGAAGGCCGAAGCCAGGGCCGUGGAAGAAGAAUGGGGCAAUAUCUGGAGCGCACAAAGCUGGGCGUGCCAGGCCUCGGACGCUCCACAGCCCGUGGCUGCCGGCUUCAGGAUACUUUCCCUGCCUAUGUAG